UAGCUGUGGCGACUGAGGCCUGGCUUUCGACCAGGAGCUGCGUCGAUGGGAGCCACAGAGAGUCUAAGGGCGAGGGCUUGGGUGAUCCUGGAGGCCUUGAUGACGCGGCUCAGGCGUUGGUUGGAGAAGGCCCACGACAGGGAUAGGGAAGGAAGGGAGCGGCCACCUCUGGGUGCGGCCGGCCCUUGCCUCGUCCUGGGGCCCCAGGCACCAGAGGACGUACAAGGGACAGGGGAUGGUCCCUUUUAGCUGCUCGUCCAGUCACGAGUUGGUGUUGGUAUUAGGAGAUCUGCACAUCCCACACCGGUGCAACAGUUUGCCAGCUAAAUUCAAAAAACUUCUGGUGCCAGGAAAGAUUCAGCACAUUCUAUGUACAGGAAACCUUUGCACCAAAGAGAGUUAUGACUACCUUAAGACUCUGGCUGGUGAUGUCCAUAUUGUGAGAGGAGACUUUGAUGAGAAUCUGAAUUAUCCAGAACAAAAAGUUGUGACUGUUGGACAGUUCAAAAUUGGUUUGAUCCAUGGACAUCAAGUUAUUCCAUGGGGAGACAUGGCCAGCUUAGCCCUGUUGCAGAGGCAGUUUGAUGUGGACAUUCUUAUCUCGGGACACACACACAAAUUUGAAGCAUUUGAGCAUGAAAAUAAAUUCUACAUUAACCCAGGUUCUGCCACUGGAGCAUAUAAUGCCUUGGAAACAAAUAUUAUCCCAUCAUUUGUGUUGAUGGAUAUCCAAGCUUCCACAGUGGUCACUUACGUAUAUCAGCUUAUUGGAGAUGACGUGAAAGUAGAACGAAUUGAAUAUAAAAAGUCUUAAAGCCAGGCCUGUCUUGAUGACUUUUCUGGUUUUGUUGUUGUUGUUCAUUCCUCUUCAGAUCAAGUAAUUAAACAUUUAACAGUCACAAAAUUGUAUCACUUUUAUAACAUUUUGCAGUAAAAUAUAUCAUCUUUGUUAAUAUUAAUACAUAAUUGCUCUAAGCUUCUUGUAAACUAUGAGAAUAUAUUUAGUUUACGUUUAUGGCUUGUAUGAAAAAAUGUCCACCACACCGUAAAUGGUCAUGUGCUGAGAAAAAUUUAUCCCUGUAAAUACCUUCAAAGUUAAUUAUUUGGAACUUUAUCUUAAAAGUAGUGCAUGAAAAGAAAGAAUCUAAACUUUCUUGUAUGCAUUUUUCUCUUCCCCUGUAAUAAACAUUUACCUUUCAUUUA